AUGUAUUAUUAUCAACCUGAAUCAAAACAAUCAUCAAAACAAUGGAAACGAGCUGAUUCACCACCAACAACAAAAUUCAAACAAGAAAAGUCAACUAAUAAAGUUUUAUGUUCGUUUUUCUGGGAUCACAAAGGAAUAAUUCUCAAGGAACCUAUACCACCGGGUACAACAAUAACGAAGACAUAUUAUGCAAAUACUUUAGUUAAUGAACUUCAUCCAGAAAUUAAAAAACAACGGCGAGCUUUAAUUUCAGUUCGUGUUAUUCUUCAUCAUGAUAAUGCUCCAGCACAUACAUCACAUCUUGUUUUUUUCUACUAUUCAUAA